AUGAUCAUCUUCAUACUUUUGGGUGUCCUUGGUGGCACGCUUGGAGCACUUUUCAUCAAGGCAUCACGUCUCUGGGCAACCACUUUCCGACGUAUUCCCAGCAUCAAGAAGUAUCCAAUCCUCGAGGUCUUCUUGGUCGCUUUGGUCACUGGACUCGUCAGCUUCUGGAACAGGUACACCAGGAUCCCUGUUUCGGAACUGCUGUUUGAGCUGGCAAGCCCUUGCAGUUCGUUCAGCUCUUCUGGUUAUGGACUUUGUCCUACUGAGGAGAAUAUCCCGAACGUCAUUGGUUAUCUUUGCAUUGCAUUUGUGAUCAAGUCGGCAUUGACGGUGGUCACAUUCGGUAUUAAACUGCCUGCAGGUAUCUAUGUGCCCUCGAUGGUGGUCGGUGGUCUCCUUGGUCGCAUUGUUGGUCACACAGUGCAGUACAUCACCUUGAAUUACCCACAAUUGGAAAUAUUCGGAAACUGCCCUGCAAACGGCAACCCAGAGUCAUGUGUCGUACCAGGAGUAUACGCGCUUGUGGCAGCCGGAGCUACUAUGACGGGUGUCACGAGACUUUCGGUCACUCUGGCAGUCAUCCUGUUCGAGCUCACAGGAUCCCUAGAGCAUGUCCUUCCCUUCUCGAUUGGCGUUCUGGUCUCAAAAUGGACAGCUGAUGCCCUGGAGCCUCUGAGCAUUUACGUGAGUGAUCGAUCGUUUCGAUCGUUUCUGAUUUUAUUUCCAGCAGACUCAGCUAACAAUUUCCGAAACAGNGAUCUCCUGACCGACAUGAACUCGUACCCCUAUCUCGACGCAAAGUCUCACCCACCCUUCCUUGGCGACCUGGGCGACAUAACCCAUGAAUCGAACCCUAAACGCCUGAUCGACGUUUCGUCCUCACCAUUCGUGCCUUCGCACCAACUGCGUAGUAAACUCGAAUACAUGCACAUGGCCGGCGAACUUGACGGCGGUCUCCCCAUCCUCAAGAACGGCGUCCUGGUCGGUAUAAUCCCAGGCCCGGAUCUCGAGUUCGCACUCGACCAUCUCCAAGAAAACGAGCAAGAUGCGAUGUGCUACUUAGGUCGCCCUGCCACUCGCGCCUUCCCCCAAGACUCCNNGCUCUCUUCUCCCUCCGAGUCCUUGCAUAUCCUCGAAUCCUCGGAUGCAGAGAUCGGACGUGGGUUGAGAGAUGGCGAGGUAGACUUUUCCAGCUGUGUGGACCCAUCCCCCAUGGCGUUGGAUAUACGUUCUCCACUCGAGUUGGUCUUUGAGCUGUUUUCGAAGCUGGGACUGAGGUAUUUGUGUGUGCUGGAUGGAGGCAAGUUUGCAGGAUUGGUGCAUAAGAAGGCUUUUGUGAGGUAUGUCAAGGAACUGGAACAUCAGGAGAGGAAGGGAGAGCAUUGA